GUCGCGACGUCCACGCGUGAUGAAAGUGUGUUUGUGGUGAGGUGAUUGUUGAGCAUCAAGCAUACGGGAGCGUAGGUACAAUUUGGCGAGGAAUUGCAUCACUCCGCUUUUUUUUUGCGAACCCCGUUCUCCACCGGAGCUACACCCUCCCCCAAUCGACAACCCCGUUGGCCAGGUUGCAUCGUUUUGCUGAACGUGCCGUUUAUCAGAGAUAAUCACCGCCUUGCCUUAUCUUUCGAGAGCUGUUCAUUCCAAUUCAUUGUCAAGUUGACCGUCGAACCGAUCGGAUUAAUUUUCGUUCUCACUAUCUGUUCUCUGAAUUACAUUUACGCGGUGCAAUAUGCAGAGAUCUUUGGCCAUGGUGAACCAUCCGGGACUGGAAGAGGAGAGCGGCGAUAAGCUGGCCCGUAAGGCGCGGGAAUCUCCCUUCAUGCUUAUCGGUCUGGCCGGACUGGUGGCGGUGUGUGGCAUCGGUGCGUACAAGUAUAAGAACCGCGGUGAAAUGUCCACGUCGGUGUUCCUGAUGCAGCUUCGUGUUGCAGCACAGGGUACGGUUGUGGGGGCAUUGUCACUAGGGUUGGCUUACUCGAUGGCCAACGAAUACCUUUUCAAGAAGAAGGACGACAACUAGGAUGGUGAUGGGCGUGUCGCUGAAGUGUGCUGUUGUUCGAGCUCAUUAGGAAUUAAGUCGAUGAUUGUUGUAUAUAAGUAUUAAUCAUCCCUAGGAGAAAACCCAACCAUAUUUAUUAGCCCUUUUCGAAUGAUCGUUGUAAGUAUGUACCUACUUUCCUCCCAGAAGGACCCGGUAAAAGCCAUCCUUCCCAGAAUGCGGGUAUAAAGGCAUAAGGCGAACAAGCAAGUGAAUGAUCAAGGAUCCUCCCGGAAUCACUGUGAUUUUAGCGCAAGAAUAGUUAAACUACGCGAUAAGUGGAAAAUCAUCAAAUAAAUAAAAGUGAAAUUGCCAACAGACGGACAAAUCGACUAGGACUACCGGCGAACGAACACGAAAAUAGUGCUAAAGAAGAGGCAAAACCAUAAUAGGUAUAGGAACAAGUGCACGUGUGACCCAACCAAAGUUAUUCGCGCGCGCAACUCAUUGUGACUCAGCAUAAACACAAAAAUCAAUCUCUAACUUUCUGUGGUCGCUUACACGCGCACUUCUCUGAUGUCACUGAUUAGUACAUAUGCUGGCUGGUAAUACAGACACAGUAGAUAGCUAAGAUCGGAUUAAGCUUCUUGCAAGCAUAGAGAGAUGGUUUUUAGCACAUUGACGAGAAAUUGGUCAGACGAAGAUUCAUACUAGUGUCUAACAGUUGCCACUGAUUAUAGUGCACAUAAAUAAAGUGUUCUAUUUAGCAUGAUAUGAAAA